CAAUGAUCAGGGCCUGGCGUCGUGUCAGUGCACGCUGGCUUCUUCAUACAUGGCCCGAAAUUCCUUCAAAAAGAUAACAUUUUUGCAUACCGAUGACUAAUGACUGAGCCAGCAGCAUGUCCUCACGCAACGCAGCACCGACACAGAGGGCGUCUUCUCACAUGGCUACACCUGUCGAUGAUGAAAGGAUUGAAGACGUCGAAGAUCAGCGGCCUACUUCCUCCAAAGAAGGUAAGAAGAGAAAAAAGAAGCCUCAUGAUGAGGACGAGCAACGCGAAACUAAAGCCCAGCCGGAGGUAGAGCUAAAAAAGGGCAUUGGCAAUGUGGAGACUCCCGACAAGAAAGAUGACUCCUUCAUGGCCCAGACCGCCACAGCGCUCUCACGGGUAGACGAGGCAAUAAGCAGAACAGCACUGUCCACUUCAUCGUUAGAAUCAGGCGUGUCCAAAAAAGUGGUCACAGACGUCUGGAUUAAUCCCAAGGAAACAGUGAACUGGAAGCUUGAUUCGCUGGUUACCUUGAACGUUCUAGGCCGAGGGAGCUUCGGUAUCGUCUACCUAGUACGGCACAGGGCCAACCGUCAGCUGUCUGCACUCAAGUACAUUCGCAAGAAGAACCAAAGUCCGGAAAAGGAGCGCAAGCGCGUGGAAGUUGAAAAAUCAGUGUGGGAAGCCGUCACCGAUCACCCUUUCGUUGUUACAUUGCGCGCCUAUUUUGAGACAGCCAAAGGGUGGUGCUUUGUUAUGGAAUAUCUUCCCGAAGGUUCCAUACGUGACCUGGUCCGUAAGAAAGGUCCCUUCAAAGAAGAAAUGGCGAGACUCCUCUCGGCCCAGAUGGCCCUCGCUAUUCACCACGUGCACGAGAAAGGCUUCUUGCACCGAGACAUCAGCUCCUCGAACGUGCUCAUUGACGGCCGAGGCAACGCCAAGCUUAUUGAUUUCGGUUUGAGCCAGUCAUGUUAUGUGGCAAAACGAAGGAUUCCGAAAAAGGAAAAAAACAACAACAAACAACAUGGCUAAUAGGAUGUUGCUGCCCAGGGAGUCCUGGCCGAAGAGGUUUACUCAUUCCAGAAGCAUGAACUUUACCAUUAUAAGGCAAAUGGAAAUAAACUGACGUCGAC